CACAGACCAAAAAGUGCCCACUUGUCCAAAUAAAUACCAGCAAAAUGAUAAUGAUAGAUGAAGAGGACCCCAUCCCCAUGGACCUGGGGGGCUACCGCCACCGCGACGGCAGCGACGAUGAAGACAAUGGGGAAGCAGAGACAAUCAGUGAGACUGUGUCCUGUCUUGCAAGAUGUUUGACUGAAGACGCCAGAUACCUUUGCAUCUAUGAUGUUGCCCAGAAACUUACUCAUCCGGGUGAUUAUGACAUUGGCGGCACACACGCGCCCGGAUACCGCCCGGAAACGUGGUUCUACUACACCACGUCACUCUGCCCCAACAAUAUACACCUGCUGAACCUAUUUGUAUGUCACAGGAAAACAGGCAGCUGCCUCAUCAAAGUCAGUGAGUCAACAGAAGCCACUCACAUCAAUCCCUCCCCUGGUGACACUUCUAGUAGAUCUGAAUUAACAGAGACCUUGGCAUCAUAUAACAUCUUCUCUUCAAGACCCGACCAGCACCAUUAUAUCAAGACUUACUGCUUUACAAAGAAAGAUAUAGAUGCGUUAAAGAACACCCUGCUAAUACAUGUUCAGAUACAGACAGAUACUAUCAAAGUGUUGCUUAAACCAAAUGUCAUUAGGAGGAUCAAGCUGGCCCACGACUUUGGCAAUCUCCUUUCCAAUAAGGAGAAAACUGACUUUGUUCUAGAGUCUUCCAGUGGCAAGAAAUUCAAUGUGCACAAGAUCAUAGUGGUAGCACACAGUCCUGUUUUGCGUGAACGAGUCAGGGAUUCAAAGAGUUCCAUCCUAAAACUGGACAUAAACAAUGAGGAUUUGGAGUUACUAUUAGAGUUCCUUUACACUGGCACAAUCAAGGAGGUUUGCAAGCAAGAUUGCCUGAAACUAUUGGGCAUAGCUGAGCAAUUUGAGCUUAAAAACAUGUUUAACUUAGUCCAGUAUGUGAUCAACAAGCAGAUAGAUGUGAACAACGCGGUGGACGUGGUGGUGCUGUCGGAGAAGUACCACCUGGAGCAGCUGCAGGCCAACGUGUUCCGCUUCAUCCGCGACCACCCCGCCGUGCUGGACACCGAGGGCUGGAGGAACCUCGACAACGUGCAUCUCACUAAGAAGAUGUUCAAAUAUAUCUAUAGCUUUAAUAAUAAGAAAGGAUAGGAUGUGUAAUAUACUAUGCGAUGAGUUGUUUAAUAUAAAUAUUUAUAAUGUAUUAUAAUGUUCCAGUUAAAAAUUACAGUAAAAGUGUUUAUCUUAAAUCCCUUAGCUGUUGUUUGAUAGAUAAAAUAAUAAGAAGUGAUUAUUUGGCCUAAUGUAGGUACGCUUCCUAAGAUUAUUUUUAUUUAAGUAUAUUUACGGUCUGCUAGGAAUCACAUGAGAUUAAAAUGUUGUAACUAUAUUCAUUGAAUAAAAAUCAUUCACAUUCA